GCCGGAAGUGACGUCGUGAGCCCGCGGUGAGCAGAGUGAACAGAAGAGGUCCGGCGGCUUUGGAUGACCACAGCAUCUCCAUCGUAGCAGCAGAACACCUGACAGGUGAAGCGGCUCCCCGCGCCGCUACCUGCCGCGGCCUGAUGGCGGCGCCGCUGCCUCCGCUGGCCGGCCUGCCCCCCCAGCAGCAGCAGCCUCCUCCCGGGGCGCUGCGGGAGAUCUCCCCGGUGUUCCUCUGCAGGAUCGGACAGGAGACCGUGCAGGACAUCGUCACGCGCACCAUGGAGAUCUUCCAGAUCACGCGCGCCACGCAGCUUCCCAACGGCGUCACGCAGAGCCACGCCGUCUACCAGGACCGCUUGGGGAAGCUGCAGGAACAUCUGCGGCAGCUGGCGCUGCUCUUCAGGAAGCUGAGGCUGCUGUACGAGCGCUGCGUGGAGAUGACCUCUGACCUGCAGGAGGCGCCGACGGAGCUCGUCCCGUAUGUGGGCGAGGAGCUGGGUUCUGUGCGGGCCGAGCCCUGCAGCCCGGCAGUCAUCCAGGAACGACAGGAGGUUCUGGAGAGAGUGCGCCAGAAGAACCAGGAGAUGAAGGUUCUGAUGGACCAGAUGAGGAACCUGCUGUGGGACGUCAACGCCAUGCUGACGCUCAGGAAGUGACACUGGAUGCUGAUGAAGACCACUGGCCCUCCUCUUCAUCACUGACCUUCAUC